GUUUCUCCUCUCCCUCCCCGAUGUGAAAUUCUAAAGCUCAUUUGAUAGAAGUACCAAGUAGUGAUGGGUGUACGUAGUUGAUACUUGAUAUUAGUUCAUCCAAUUAGCUCGGUUCAGAACGACGAAAGCGAUAAUAGCCUUUGCUCUUCCACACUUAUCCGUUGCCCUCCAGCCGCGUUUCUGUCGAAGCAAUUGGUAUCUUUGCUUCCAAAAAUGGAUGCAUUGAGCACAAAUGCACCAAUUCCUGCACCGAAGUUCGAACCAGAUUUGGAGAAAAUUAAGCGAACGCUCCUCCAAAAGGGUGUCUGUCCCUCUCCUAAGAUCCUCCGCGCACUUCGGAAGAAAGAAAUUCAGAAGCACAACCGCAAACUCAACCGACUGGCUCAUCAGUCGCCGCCCCUUUCUGAGUCCCAAAAGCAGCUAAUUGCCGAGGAAACCCAUUUCCGGACUUUGAGAAGCGAGUACAAGGAGUUCUCCAAGGCCAUAGAGGCGAAACCAGGCAGUGGCUUGAUGGUCGGCAGGCCUUGGGAGAGACUGGAAGGAGUAAACCUUAAAGAACUUACCGGUUUCAGAACAGGAUACGAUGGGGAGAAUCUGAAGAAGGAGAAUUUGACAGAGUUGAGGAAACUGUUUGAGGCUCGUAAGCUCGAGGAGUUGCAGUGGGUUUUAGACGACGAUGUGGAACUGAAGGAUGAGUGGCUGGACAGUGAAAAUGGUCGCUCUGAUGCCGUAAAACGGAGGCGCGGCGACGGAGAGGUUAUUCGGUUCCUUGUUGACAGGCUCAGUUCGAGGGAGAUUUCCAUGAGGGACUGGAAAUUCUCCAGGAUGAUGAUACGGUCAGGAUUGCAGUUUAAUGAAGGUCAACUACUUAAAAUUUUGGAUGGCCUCGGUGCUAGGGGAUGCUGGAAACAGUCCUUGUCAGUGGUCGAAUGGGUGUACAAUCUUAAAAGUCACAGUCAUUUUAAAAGCAGGUUUGUCUAUACAAAGCUCUUAGCUGUUCUGGGGAUGGCGAGGAAACCUCAGGAAGCCCUUCAGAUAUUUAAUUUGAUGCGGGGAGAUGGCCAUAUAUAUCCCGACAUGGCUGCAUAUCACAGUAUCGCUGUUACGCUGGGUCAAGCUGGUCUUUUGAAACAAUUGCUGAAAGUUAUUGAAUGCAUGAGGCAGCAGCCGUCCAAAAAAAUUAGAAACAAGUGCCGAAAAUCUUGGGAUCCUGCAGUUGAACCCGAUCUUGUUGUAUAUAAUGCUAUUUUGAACGCAUGCAUUCCCACGCACGAGUGGAAAGGUGUCUACUGGGUGUUCACACAGUUGAGAAAGAGUGGUUUGAAACCUAAUGGAGCAACAUAUGGACUUUCUAUGGAGGUAAUGCUGAAAUCUGGAAAGUAUGAGCAUCUCCACAAGCUUUUUACAAAAAUGAAGAAGAGUGGGGAAACUCUAAAGGCGAACACGUACAGAGUUCUUGUCAAAGCUUUUUGGGAGGAAGGAAAUGUUAAUGGAGCUAUUGAAGCAGUCAGGGAUAUGGAACAAAGAGGAGUAGUUGGAUCUGCCAGUGUCUAUUAUGAACUAGCUUGUUGUCUAUGUUACAAUGGGAGGUGGCAAGAUGCAUUGGUAGAGGUAAGAAAAAUGAAAACACUACCACAUAUGAAACCGUUGGUGGUGACCUUCACUGGCAUGAUCUUAUCUUCCUUUGAUGGUGGACAUAUUGAUGAUUGCAUAUCUAUCUUCGAGUACAUGAGGCGAAAUUGUGCGCCUAAUAUAGGGACUAUAAAUACCAUGCUUAAAGUUUAUGGCCGAAAUGAUAUGUUUUCUAAAGCUAAAGAUUUAUUUGAAGAAAUAAAGAGAAAAGCUGAUCGUUCCUCCCCAAGUUGUUCUGUUCAUUCUAUAAUCCCAGAUGAAUAUACGUAUGGCUCGAUGCUUGAGGCAGCUGCUAGUGCACUCCAGUGGGAAUAUUUUGAGAAUGUAUACAGGGAAAUGGCUCUGUCUGGAUACCAGCUAGAUCAAAGUAAACAUGCAACGGUACUUGUGGAAGCUUCCAGAGCUGGGAAGUGGUAUCUAUUAGAUCAUGCAUUUGACUCAAUCUUGGAGGCUGGACAAAUUCCCCAUCCACUGUUGUUCACAGAAAUGAUAUUGCAGCUUAUAGUUCAAGAGAACUAUGAGCAGGCUGUCACCUUGGUUAAAGCCAUGUGUUAUGCUCCAUUCCAAGUAACCAAAAGACAAUGGACAGAACUUUUUGAAGUGAGCAUGGACAGGAUUUGUUGGAAUAACUUGAAGAAACUAUCAGACGCUCUUAGCGACUGUGAUGCAUCAGAAGCCACAGUCUCGAACUUGUCAAGGUCGCUGCGGGUUCUCUGCAAAUCCAGGAUACCAGAGGACACCUCCCAGUCUGAAAACAUGGAGAACAUGAAGGUCGAGAGUGACUCAAAUAUGGCCCCCUGGUCACCGAGUCUUUCUGAUGAAGGUGCUCUAGGGACUAACACGUUUUCGGGUCAUUCCAACGAUGAGCUCUCGACUUUCGAUUUGUGUGUCAGCAGUGAAGAUGAUGAGGAAGUGCUUAACAUGUUACUUGAUAGAUCUGAUGAUUCUUAUGAUUCAAACUCGCCUUCUGUUAAUGAAAUACUGAAAACUUGGAAGGAAGAGAGGAAAACCGAUGGGUUAUUUCUCCACCCUUUGAAUUAGUACACUUUAGUGCAGUCCUUUUAUGUGUCUGUUUAUUGUACAUAUCUACACAAUUUGCAUAUGCAUAGCUUUAAAUCAUUGCAUUUUAUCAAAAUAAUAAGGCGCAACAAGUGUUUGAAUUCUUA